UUACAAAGAAUCGACCACGUUUUUGAUAUUGAUAAAAUUCGAAUAUUAUCUAUUUGAUUUGUAUCUCCAACAAGUUUUGAAAUGUCUGAGGAAGAAGAGGCCUCCAUAUUUUUAUCAAGAGCGGAUUUAAUAAGGAAUUUGCUACAUCAAAAUAGAGUGGUCCCAACCGAACAAGAAAUUGAUAACAGGCCGAUUGUAGUUGAUUCACAAUUAGAAGUUAUAGGUGAUGAUUUAAUGCUGCUUGAUGGAGAAACCUACACAAUCAUGGAAAAUGUUGAAAUACAGGUAAUUAGUCUGUGAUAUUUAGUAGGCUACUCUAUUUUUCCGGCAGAUAUUAAAUCUACUUGCUUUUCAUUCAAAUAGAAAUAAGUUAACUAAGAAUUUAUGUUAUCAACUCUACUAACUCUUGUCGUAAUCUUCAUGAAUCCACUUCCCAAUAUUUUUCCGAGGUUGAUGCCCAGAUGGGCUCCUAGGCCUGUGCGUGGGUAAUGAAAGGGGUUGUGUGAUAAGAGAUAACUCGUACUUUUUAGGAAGUCGGGACCGACGGCUUACCGUCUGCUCUGAAAGACAGGGUGGACGUAUCUAUGUGAUUGUGCUUUGGUCAAAGAAUUGUUCCCCGUCAAGAAUCGAACUUUGGUCCUGUUGUUUACCAGACUGGAGCAUUAUUACUUCCCCCAAAAAGUCACCCAUAUAGUUGAAUUUGAUUUUUUCCAUCAAUUGACUCCAUCCAUUAUUAGGCUACUACUUUAUUUUUGUGUUCAAGUUAUAUGAUAUGGUUUUUAUUCUCCAGGUGACAAACUGCAACCAAGAUUAUUUGUUGACAUACUCAGACGAUGUGGAAAAUGAUAAUGGAGUUGAGUUUGCCAUAGAUAACAGUCCAUUAGUCGCGGAUGUUCCUGCUCAAGAAGUUCAGGAGACAAACUGUGAUCAAACUAUCCAACUAUGUUCAAAAAAGAUGAAUGAUAAUGGAGUUGAGUCUGAUAUUGAUAAAAGCAGAUUGAUGCAAGACGUUGAUGAUCAAGAAGAUGUUUCACCUCAAGGUGAACAAUACCAAACUGGGGCAGACUAUGGCCCUGAUUAUCUUUCAGAGAAUGAGGAGCAGAACAACUAUCAGGAUCAUUCAUCUUCAAGCUCAGACAAUCAAGAUGAUAGCCCAAAUUUGGAUUGUACACCUGAUGAAUUCAACACUACUUCGGAAUUGUCUUUUAUUCAAACUGUUGGAACUACACUGGAGGAGCCAGGUGAGAGUCCUAAAAAGUCAAGGAAAAGAGCCUGUAAUAGGCAGGGAUGGAAAGCUGUUAUUAAAAAAUCAAAAGUGAACAGUAGGUAGCAAUA